AAUAUUAUGAUUUGGCAAUUUAGAAGAACCCUGAAAAAUCAGAAUAUUAUAUUGGUAAAGGUACAUUUGUUUUAAAGAAAAAUUCAAUUAGGCAGAGCUUUAGAAAGUAUAGAUAGAUGUGAAGAAGCGUUAGAAUAUUACGAUUCAGCCAUUUAGAAAAGCCCAGAAAUAUCCGAAUAUUAUUUUAUAAGAGGUAAAGAAUUAUAAGAAUUUAUGUAGCACAAUCUCUAGAAAAAUUGAAUAGAUAUGGGGAAGCAUUAGAAAAUUAUGAUUCAGCUAUUUUGAACAACCCGGAAUAAUCCAAAUACUUUAUCUAAAAAGGUAAAUAGUAUUAUAUCAAUUUGUUUCAGCACGAAUCUUAGAAAGUAUGGGUAGAUAUGAAGAAGCAUUAGAAUAUUAUGAUUCAGCUUUUUCGAAAAGCCCUGAAAAUUCAAAAUAUUAUUUUGCCAAAGGUAAAGACUAUGAUAUGAAUUAAUGCAGCAUAAGUUCUAGAAAAUGCGAAUAGAUUUGGAGAAGCAUUAGGAUAUUAUGAUUUAGCUAUUUAGAAAAACCCUGAAGAAUCAGAACAUUAUGUUGGUAAAGGUAAAUAUUAUUAAAAAAUCUUUGCAGCAAGAACUUUAGGAAGUAUGGGUAUAUAUGAAGAAGCAUUAGAAUAUUAUGAUUUAGCUAUUUAGAAAAGCCCUGAAAAUUCAGAAUAUAAUGUUAGAAAAGGUAAAUAUGAUGAAUAUGAAUUUAUACAGCACAAGCUCUAGAAGAAAUGUAUAAAUAAGAAGAAGCAUUGGAAUAUUAUAAUUUAAAUAGACAAAUAUAAUUUUCAGAAUAAUAGAAUUGA